AUGGUAAAGCCUUCGACUACGACCCAACUAUCCAUCCACGAGGCAUCCAUCGGCAUCGGCAUCGGCAUCUUGAAGCUGCUCACUUCGAUCUCCUUCUUCCUCCUCUUCUUCCUCUUCUCGCGAACCACCUCAUCGUUCCCAACAACCAAUGCAGCACCAGCGGACACCGGCCACGGCAUUCCAGACUGGCUCUGGGACAUGGCCCCCGACCGGGGCAACGACAUGUCCCAUAACUCGGAGAUCGCCUGCUACGCCCUUCCGUACGGCCUGAUCGGCACCAUCUCGCACGUCCUGACGUGGUACACGAUCGGUAUCCUCACGUUCGGGCGGUCUCCGCUACGUCCAUGGCGAAUACUUCAGUCUCCAAAGGUCGACAUCCUCCUCGCGGCGUCGGCGCUGCUCGGCGGCGUGGUCCUGACGGUAUUCACCAUGAUCCGCUGUCAGCAGCGAUGGCAGUUCCUUUUGAUCGCGGGGUGGAAAGCGCUGCUGAGCAUUUCCCUGGGCGCGUUCAGCCUGCACGUUUCCGUGCUAGUCGCGCAGUGGCACUCCUCGGAGAAGCAGCGGCCGGCGGACGGCCAACGCUCCGUCCACGAGUACUCGCAGAAGGAGCUGUGCGGCGCCAUCUGGUGGCUGGUGCUGUACAUUCUCGGGAUGGUCGUGGGGCUGGCGGGGCUGAUCUCGCUGGUGCGCGAGGCGUGGCUCGAGAGCUGGACGGUGCGUAUCACGACGUAUGUGUGCGGCGGCGCCGCUGUCGUCAUGCUCGCCGUCUGGGCCCUGUAUAGCUGCUGCUAUAUCGACCGCGGCCAGAAGGCUGGCUUCAGGCUGUUUGUUGUCCCGCUCACCCUGGGACUCAUCGCCGCGCUGUAUAGCGACUGGAUUCUCGCUGGCCUGGCGGAGAAUCUCAUCGGUGUGCCGAGUGGGGAUGUGGCCCCGCUGUAUUUUGCGUAUUUUGCGGCGAAGAGGUUGCCGAUAUUUUCGUUUUGAGUGCUCGUCUGGGUUUUGUUUUCUUCGCUUUUUCUUUGGGUGGCAUAUAAUUCUACGGGUUUCGUCCGUGUCCUGGAUUUCGGGAAUGGCAGCAUUCGGCCAGCUGGGAUGCUUUGCUUUUGCUUUUGGUGUUGGUUUUGUAAAUACUGUGAAUUGGGAAGGGGGUGUGGGUAAAAACUUUGGUCUGUCGGGGGCAGGAGUCAGGGCGAAUUGGGUGGUUACUUCUUGU